CACGAAGACCAGUGGAACUCCUCUACCACAAAAGUUUUUACAAGUGUUCAGGCUAAUUGGUUAGUAGACGGUUAUUUUAAUUUCCACAAAAUGAUUAGAAUAAUCUUUAGACUAUUUUAAUCAUUGUGUGGAAAUUUCCAAAAAAUAUGUUCGCAAUUUAUGACUCCCAACUAUUAAACUUAUCAAAUAAAAAAAAAUCCUAAAUAAAUAUUUUCUAUAAUGCCAAUAUCUAAAGAGGAAAAUAGGGAAUACCCUUGUGUGGGGAAGCGGUCGUCCACUUUCCUCAUAAGUUGUACAAGAUGUCCAAUACUCUUCGGGCCUGGUCUCCCACAUACGUACCUAUUCCUUCUUUUUUUGCAACAUUUUCUAACCAAGUAAAAGUAAAGUGAAUAACUGAAAAUUAGGAAAAAAAAGUCAUCAAGAUGUGUUAUAACAUCUCAUUUUGCGCGCGAAAGAUCUAAACGGUCAAGGUCGUUGGUUACAGUAACUUACUGGCUUUUAAAUACACUCGCAGUGGAUUAUUCACAAAUAACUGUAAUAAGUUCGCGCGGGCGCAUCUUUAUCAAUUGUAUGCGUCACAGUACGUUCAUGGAUAUAAAUAAAUGUGCGAAACCAGUUCAGUCGCUGCUAUGGCUCCGAUAGCCACAUACGUGUUCCUCGACUUGGGAACUACUGGUUUAGAUACUGAGUCAAACGAAAUAACGGAGUUAAGCAUGGUAGCAGUGGAUCGUCAGCAGUUCCUCGAUAGUAUUUCGCAAGAAAUCCCGGAAAUUCCUAAAUUUGUAAAUAAGCUUACGCGCUGUUUUAAGCCAGAAACACGGAAGAUAAGUUAUCCCGCGCGCGCCGACGGCACUGGCGGUUUCACGGAGGAAAUGUUACAAGGUGAAUUACCCCUUAACGAGUCUUGUUUCCAUUUGAUCGAUAAAUUCCUCUGUUCUCUAGCUAGACCUGUGUGUAUAAUUGCACACUAUGGCUUCCAGUCUGACUAUCUUAUAUUAAAGAGGUAUUUCACGAAACUUCAGGUGCAGUUUUCUAGUGAACUCGUCUGUGUUGACUCGCAUCAAAUGUGCUACGACAUUUUAGAGGAGAAAAAAGAAGAAAAAUAUAUCGAAGAAUAUUUUGAACAGUACCCUUUAACUCUUGGAAAUUCAUCAAGGCCCAUCAAUCGCGGAAGGGAUAUCUAUCGGGAUGCAACUUUUGAGUUAAUCAGGCAACUAAUCCCAAAGAUUUUGAAAAUAAUACGAACUCUGCAUCCCUCGUUAUCGUCAUGUAAUCCAUUACCGAAACAGGACGCCUCGAAUCUCGGUAACUCUUCGAAACUGUCAAAUAAUUCAGUAACCUCGAGCUCCGGUAAUUCUUUGUUACCGUCAUGUAAUCCUUUACCGGGGCAGGACGCCUCGUAUCUUUGUAAUUCUACGAUACCGACAUGUAAUCCAGUACCGGGACAGGACGCCUCGAAUGCCGGUAAUUCUUCGAUACCGUCAAGUAAUCCGUUACCAGGACAGGAUGCUUCGAAUAUCAGUAAUUCUUCAAUACCGUUAUGUGAUCCAGUAUCGGGACAGGACACUUCGGAUGACUUUAAUGAAAUUACUGAAUUAAAAUUGCAAUUAAGGAAACUUUUGACAGCGAAUCGCCGGAGAUUUGAGAAAGAUGAUAAAAGAGCCAAACGUCAAUAUCCAUGGGGUCCAGAACAAAAUAUGCCUGGCGUUAGUUAUGGAUUGCCAGAAACCUACACACGGGUGUUCAAGCGGAAGCCUAGAGAUGCACAUAAAGCUGAGGUUGAUUGUAUACUGAUGCUGGAAAUUGCUGUUGAGCUCGGACAAGACUUUUUAGAUUGGGUUGAUGAUGAAACAAAUCAACUUCCUUUCCCUUCGCUAACCAAAGAGGUAAUAAGGGAAGAAAACAGAGAAUAGAUUCCUUUUUUUAGGAUUAGACAGAACUUCGCAGAAGCACGCAUUAUGCGGUACAUUAUUGAA